AGAAGAUAAGCACCUGAUCUUAUGUUUUGAUAGUUUAAUAAAUUAUUAUGAUAACAAUCAUAAAUUAACAAGUAUCAAUAAUGAUAAUAAUGAUAAAUACCCAAUGUUUGUCACUUGGAAUCAUAACAGUAGAUUAAGGGGCUGUAUAGGUACCUUCAAAUCAAUUGAACUAAUAAAAGGUUUAAGACAAUAUUCUUUAAUAUCAGCUUUAGAGGAUAAACGUUUUGAUCCGAUAAAUUUAACUAUUUUAAAUGACUUAUCUGUCAGUAUAUCAAUCUUACAUAACUUCAAAAAGAAACUGGAUUGUUUCGAUUUUAAGAUUGGUUUAGAGGGUAUUAAGAUAGAUUUUUAUCACAACAAUCGUCAUUAUCAGUCAACAUUCUUACCAAAUGUGUUAACAGAACAAAAUUGGACGAAAGAACAAUCGAUUGUCGCAGCGAUAAAGAAAUCUGGCUAUCGUCAAAAGAUUGAUAAAGAUCUAUAUAAUGGAAUUAAUUUAGAAACUUUUGAAUCAGAAUACAAGUCAAUGUCAUAUAAAAAUUAUUUAUUCUUAGUUAAUCUAUAACUAAACUUCUUCCUCGUUGGUACGAAGAAACCGAAUUUAUAAUCUAUCAUUGAUUCAGUUACUUGUAUUGGUAUAUAAUUUUUACCAUUAUGGACUGCAAAUUUCAUACCAACAAAGUUUGGUAAUAUCGUACAAUUCCUUGCAUUAGUUUUUAUAACUUGAUUUGUAUUCUUUAAUUCUAAUAAAUUUGGGAAACUUCUGAAGAAAGGACCCUUCCAAACGGAUCUUUUAUUCAAUAUUCC